AUGGACCUAAGGGGAGAGAAAAUUUGGGGGGGUGGGGGGGGGGGGGGGUUUUGGGGGGGGGGGGGGUUUUUGGGGGGGUUUAGGGGUAUAUUGGGGGGGGGGGGGGGGGGGGGGGGGGUGAUGGUAGGUGUGAUAGUCGCUCAACUAGGGCAAGCGAAUGAGAGGUCGGAGCAUAACACUCCUUUACGCCAGUCGACAGAGGCUGUGAAGUUUGAGCAAUUCACACAGCAGUGGGUUUCAGGGCAGGAGGCUGCACAAGAACGAUUGCAGUCUUUGGAGCAAGAGUGUCAAUGCUUACGCGAGGUAAACACCCGCUUAAUAAAAGAAUUAAAGUUCUCUCAGGAGCAACUUGCGCGCAGCCAUAACGAACACACGAAACUGCAGUUCGAUUAUGCUAAUCUGCAGAUCGCGUAUCAAACUACUCGUAACCAAUUAGAAGAGUACACUGUUACCCUGACGCAGCACCUGGAGUCAUUGCGAUCGCGUAAUGUCACUGUCGAUAAGCAAGUGUUUACUGAUGGUUUAUGCUCUACUGUUUCAGCUGAUUCAUUUCCAAACGACCUGUCGGCCGCACAGCAACACCACUGCUCAAUCAGGUGUUCUGAGUUGGCUAUGAGCAAUGAGCUGCUCUGUCGGCAGUUACAAGUUGCUUUCGAUCAAUUUUCUACCCGGCUGGAAGCAUUGGGUCACCGUGACAAACAGUUAGCGGAUUUACGCCUUGUCUUGCGCGAACGCGAUGAGGAAUUAAGUUGUCUGAAACACGAACUGAAAUUGCAGGACGUAGAACGACAGACGCCGUCAAACUCGCUAACGGAAGCCACCAGUACUUUCUACAUUGAUGAUAUCGAGCUGCAAGCCAAUCUUCCGCGGUUGCUGUCCAGAGUAGAGGCAUCGGAACCGACACCCAACGAAGUGGAUGAGUUGUUGCGGCGCAUUGAAGCUGCAGAGCGGGAUAGAGAUCGCUUCAUUCAAGCAUUCCAACAAUCAGAAGCCACUGUGCACACACUGAGAACCCAGCUGACUCUGUUGGCUUCCCAGCUGACUCCGAAAGCCAUGACAGAGGUGCAACUAUGCGCGGAGAGAGUGGCUGUGCACAGUGAACCGCCUGACGAGCUGGCAGGGAUCGAGACGCCGCCUGUCCAAAAAAGGCGUACAUUGUCUACGACGAACAAGUUCGUGAACGAGUUGAGCAUUGCGGAACAUCGCUUGUUCGAGUUGGAUAUCUCGAGGAAAAGUUUGCACCUGAACGUCGAGUCGGUUCGAGCGAAUCUCGAGAGUUUACGGUCUCGUGGUGACCCUGAUGACAGUAAUCGUGCAUCCGUUCGUGUACUAAGCGAUGUUCCCCCAGAUCGCCAGAAGAACAAAACGCAUUCCUUGACUACAGAGCAGCAUAUUCUUACCGCCGAACCGCCAAUGCAGCGGUCGGCAUCAUUUAACUCUGUUGAUUUCCGUUCGGUGCCGCAACCUUUGAGUCCAUCUGAGAGAAGAAACCAUAACCUGAAGAGUCCGCUGUUUACUGUACGCCCCACGUCAGUAACCGACUUUGGUUAUUCAUACGCUCGACAAUCUGGGAAAAAUUGGAAUUUACCGGAGAUGAAGCAUAUUAAGACAGCCGUUUCUCUAGACGGCACCAAUAUAGAACCGAACAGUCAAUCGAGUCACUGCUACGUUCCUGUGGACGCAGUUGUGGUGAAAUGUGAGAAACGACUUCACGCGCCUCGUCGAUUUUCCGAAGGUCACAUGCUCACAGCUGGCUAUCACGCAAAGAUAAGCUGA